AUAGGUACAGAGAAACAGUGGGAGUUAAAAGAAAAGCAAUAUGUUUUUAUAUCAAGGUGGGAGUAAUUGUGUUCAGGGUUCGGCUUUUUAUUAGUUUCGUUCAUCCUUAAAGGAAGACUUUUAAAUCACGAGAUUUGAGGUUUCAUUCAGCAAAGAAAACAGGAAAUGCCAUCUUUAAUUCAAAUACAGCCAACAAACGAUCAAACUUCUAGAGAAGACUCGUCAAACCUGGAACAGAAAGAUAUUGACGAACGGCUCCUCAGAAGAAUUGGUGAAAUAUACAGCCCCGUGCUAAAAGGGAUGAAAUGGUUUGGUUUCUACUUUCGAGAUGCAUCCCUAAGACAUUUGUCCAGUGCGCGUGUAGCAGGGACUGGCAGGAAAAGGAACAUUUUUACAUUGCUCUAUUGUGGUGUAGUACUCGCUGGUCAUUGGUUUAAUUUUGUGAUGGCCUUUACUGACAUCUUCUUUGGAAAAACUGUUUUCGUCUUCAUGAUGUUUAGUGUAUGGUGUCUUUUAAUUGCACUCAAUGGCUUGGUUUGCCUUUAUGUUCUAUGUGUAUCUUUAACGGACACAGGCCACUCUCGAUUUGAAAAUUUCGUUCUUGACUUGAGCGCUUUAAACAUCAGAACAGAUUUAGAAAAAUUGAUGAAAAAAUCAAGAAAAGGAAUGGUUACAUUUUGGAUCUUGUUCAUUAUAUCUGGAAGCGGUGUCUUCUUUGUCAAUUUUUAUCUAAACCUCAAACUGGCAGCUUACAAGCCUUGGAAUGCUUGGUCGGGCUUGAAUAUUUUCUCUGUAUUUUUUCUUUUUAUUGGAACUGCUCAGUGGGUCUUACCAAUUCUGUUUCAUCAUAUCACAUGCGAAAUACUUAAGGCAUUGUUUGAUGAUUUGCAUAAGAGGAUGUCUUCCCGUGUAUCUGCCGUUCCGACGGGUUUUGAGGCAUUCAAGAUGGAGCACCAUAAGCUAUGUGGAGUAGUCGCAUCUGCUGACAAAGUGCUUUCACCUCUACUUCUUGAAAUGGUUGGUCUGUACAUCCCAUUGCUGAUUCUCAAUUUGUACGAGAUAAUCAACUUACCAAGUGGUGCAGAAAAAUAUGAAUUUCUGGCGUCCAAUAUCUUCUGGCUACUAGUUUCAAUUUCUUUCUUAUCAAUGAUAAUGUCAACUGGCUCCAGCAUUUCUGAAAAGAUCAACAGCUUCAAAGGGAUUUUGCAAACUUUCCCCGUUUCAAAGGAGGACGAAGGGAAGUUACUGUUGUUUGUAUUGGAUCUUCAAGAUGAGCCAAAAGGUCUGUCUCUUGGAGGUUGUGUUAUCAUCAACAAAUCACUCUCCUUAACGAUUGUCGGAUUAAUCAUCUCCUACUUCACGGUGCUGUUAUCGUUGCCAAGAUGAUUGCCAGGAUUGAAUAUUUUGCUCUUCAGAUAGGGAUGGGAGCAGAAUCCAACAAAGAGAAUCCUACGCUUGCAUCAAAAGAGACAGUAACACGUUGUUUUAUAGAUGAAAAUUUUUUUAUUUCAAUUUGCCCUUCAGGAAAAUAAAACACGAGAAAACGUUUCAAGAAAAAACAAAUAAAAUAAGGUAAACGAAAUAAUUACAGUGAGCCCACCCACUUGGAUUUGAAUGGAGGCUCCUGUUUGAUUAUCUUUUCACUGCUUCGUCCAGAUGCCUAUAACACGUAUUACUAUUAAGCUUGAAAACUUCACGAACUAAAGUCAAAGUGUUUGUGGCUCGUAUAAUUUUUUUUGCCGUAAAGCAACAAUACGAUAUAACUGUAAAAUAAAUUUAUAUUGAACUCUAAUCACGGCAUGGAUUUUUGACCGAGAUCCAAAUCACACUCUUAAGAUAAUUUAUACCGCUGUUGAGGAGAUUAAACUUAUGUUGGUUUUCCCGUCUCGCAUAUGAAUAUUUAGGGUUUAAAAAGGAUAAAAAAGCAGAAAAAAUGACUUUGGUUUCACAAUUAAGUGAACAAAUUAUUAAACAAGAAAACUGAAUAAAAAAACCUGCACGAGUGUACGUAAUUUCACGUAAUGUCCCACACGAGCUGCAUAUUGUAUUUCGAUUUGUGAAUUUUUAAUUUAAUAAAUCUUGCUCGAUUAGUCGA